GGGAGUGAACCGUGCCAGAGCCCGGCGAGAGGCUGGCCACACUGCCCUCUACGGUCACCCCAGAGGAGAGGCUUGCUCCUCAGAGGCGCGCGCUUACACACACACACACACACACACACACACACACAGAGGCGCGCGCUUACACACACGUACGCACGCGCCACACAAGCACCACACACUCCACACAGCACACUCACACACGCCACACAUGCACCACACACUCCACACAGCACUCUCACACACGCACUCACACGCCACACACUGACACACUGCACAUACACAUGCCACACACUCAUACGCCUCACCCUCACUACACACGUGACACUCGCGCACUCACACACACUGCCCCCACCCGAGCGGGAAUUGCAGCGUCUGGAGUGGCCUAGGACCCCUUAGCAGCGGGCAGUGACCGAGGAGCAGCAAAGCACGAGGGAGGGAGUCAGACGAGAUGCCCUUCCCUUCCUGCUGCCACCCUCAGCUCCCAUGGAGAUCUCAAUCUUCCUGACCUGUGCCAGAGGCAUUUCAAGAGAUGAGAAGAAAGACUCCCACUCAAAAGUUUCAUUCCUUCCGUCAAAAGGAGCAUCCAAACUAAAGAUCUGGGAGAAUCUAGCAAUUACAUGGAAAAGGAACUGUCACGGCAGAGGUGCUCUGGACCCAGGAGGACAUGGAAGAUGCCUACAAUCUGAAAGAAAGAAAAGAGACUUGCCUUCAAGCCAUGAUGGAAGGCAGGAAAAGCAGAGAGAAGUCACCAGAGGCCCAGCAGUGUGGAAUCUGUGGGCUGGAUGGCAAACUGGAGAUUCAAGCACAAAGCAAAGACACAAAUGGCCAUGUCAUGAUGAAACAGCAUUCCACAGUACAUUUUUAUGCAGGUGUAACAGACUCAAGCUCCACCUUACUGCCGGUGUCACAGGUGUUAUCCUGUGAACUGCCUCUCAGUCACUAUCUGUCCAGCUCUCAGAUGAGUGGAGUGUCAACAGUUGGACAGAAGUUCGCUAACUCGGCUUCCCAAUCAGACAACAGCCCAGUUGUUUUGGACAGAGCCAGCACCUUCGCAAUUUCAAACAAACACAUGUUAUCGUUAGGUGAUCUAGAACCCUCAGCGAUUGGGGAAGGAGAGGAUUAUUUUUUUUCUUUGUUUGGUGAUUCAAAGAGACUAUCGACACCCUCAUUCCAAAAGGAAAAAUCUAGGAGGCACUUUUCUGUGAUUCUUGAAGAAGUGGGCCAGUCUCGAUCCAGUGCUCUUGGAGACAUUAAAAUAGCUGAAGUGAAUGCCAAGGGUUUGUUUGUGAAGCUUGUUAACUCUUCCCUGGACAAAGAACUGGAGAUUGGAGAUCAUAUUCUUCAGCAAAAUGUAAAUGGACAAAGAGUCGCUAUGUACAGAUUCCUUCCAAAUAUCAUAAUGCCGGCCAAUUCUACAGUGACAGUGUGGGCAGCAGCAUCUGAGGCAGAACACAAACCACCAUCAAAUUUUCUCUGGAAGGAACUCAACAAGUUUGGAACAAGUCCGAAUUACACAACUAUCCUGUGCAAACCUAAUGGAGAAGCUGUUGCCUGGUAUACUCCUAUUCACUGGAAGCAAACGUGGGAGAAAUUAGAGACUGACAUUGAAUUUGAGAGAUGCUCAAGAGUAAGUCUAAUAUCUCAAAGGCAAAUGUUUCAUUGGCCAACAGCUACAAAGACAACCUCUGAAGGAGAGCAAGAUAAAUCUACGAAAGACACUGAAAACUUUGAAAUGGAACCAAUUAAAUCUUUUCUUAAGAGAGAAAAGGAAAUCCCGCCAACACUGUUCCCCACUCGCAGUCCUUGGUGUUGCAGUCCUGAAGUCCCUGCACAUCCUUACUGCACUUUAAUUGAAUCUCCCAAUGCCAGGUUGGCUGGCUCUAAUAGACAGGCCCAGCCUCAGUCAGCCAGGCCUGACCCCACCCAGGGACCAAGAAAAAAAGGAAAACUGAGUUACAAAAGUAAUAGUCAGUCAGCUCAACCUUUAAAGGUCAGCAAAAAGCCUAGAGAUCAAAAGGAUGACGGAUGUGGCCCAGCCAGCCCAUCAUACAACAGAGGAAGCUGCAGCAAGCAAGAACAUGGUUUCAUCUAGAAAAGAGAAUUCCUCGGGACUUUACUGUAACCAUUUCUUAAAGAAGGUGUGAAAAAGAAGAGAAGUGAAACACUUGUUUCCUAGGCUGCCAAGAAGAAAAGCAUGGGUGAUAAACAAACCACUGGUCUUCAUUUAAUGCACAUAAAGUUCCCAAUCACGAAUGUCAGUUUUGUCUACCCUGCCCCAUUGUAAGGUCUAGAACCCGUGCUAUGUCUGCAGAUGCAUUUCCCAAAACCUUGUGUUUCAGGGAUUCUGAAUCUUGAGGCCUGAUUCUGUACACUUGCAAUCUGUCUCCUUAAAGUAUGGGUUAAUUUAGCUUCCUCGAAACUGGAAGUAAUAAUAGGUGAGGUUUCUAUGGAGUAACUAGUUGGAAGUUUUUAAACCCACCCAUAGGUACCUCAGAUUCAGCCAAAAUAGUCUCCUCUUCCUGCCUGUGAUACUACAUCCCAUGGACAGGAAAUACCAAAGGGCUAAGGAUCUUUUAAUUAAAUAAUGUGAUGGAACAACCCUUUUAAAAGCCAUUCAUUCUCCCUCCUUUUUCUUUAGCUGUCU